AUGUCUUCUAUCGGGUUGAGCGAUCCCUCUUCUAUCGCCUUUAACGAUGACGCUCCUCCAUUCUCAAAGUAUAAAGACUCCGAAUCUUUCUUCGGAGGUGAUGCGCCGCUUCCUGAGGUAGUAGGCUGGGCAGUCGUUGUUGGAUUCGGUGCACUUUUCAGUGUCAUCACCACCAUCAUUGUCAUCAUUAGCCAAAAGUACGGAGGGGUUGGAACCAUGACUUCGGAGCAUUUUAACACAGCUGGACGCUCUAUCAAGACUGGCCUUACUGCCUCUGUCAUCAUCUCACAAUGGACUUGGGCCGCCACACUUUUGCAAUCUUCCAACGUUGCUUGGCAAUACGGAGUCUCCGGACCUUUCUGGUAUGCUUCUGGUGCCACCAUCCAAGUCAUCCUGUUUGGUGUCCUUGCCAUUGCCCUAAAGAGAGUCGCUCCUUCUGCACACACAGUCUGUGAAAUUGUCAAUGCUCGUUGGGGACGAACUGCCCACAAGACCUUUUUGUUCUUUUGCUUCUGUUCCAACUUGAUCGUCACAUCUAUGCUUUUGCUUGGUGGAGCCGCUACCGUCGAAGCUUUGACCGGUGUUGAUUACCGAUGGGCUUCUUUCUUGAUCCCCUGGGGUGUCAUCCUGUACACUGCCUCUGGUGGUCUUCAAGCUACAUUUUUGGCCUCUUAUAUCCAUACUGUGAUCAUCUUUGGUGUCUUGAUUACAAUGGUCUUCAUUGUAUACAUCAUGAACUACUCUUCCAAUCAAAUUUACGACUUUUUGGACAAGACUGUCACUUACACGGAAGGAGAAUGUGAAACCAUCUACAGGGGAUACGAAACUGGCAAGUUUGCAUGCGGUCCUGUUGACGGAAACAGAGACGGAUCAUACCUGACCAUGAUCUCGUCCGGCGGUCUCAUGUUUGGUAUUAUCAAUAUUGUCGGCAACUUUGGAACUGUCUUUGUCGAUCAAUCCUACUGGCAAUCUGCUAUUGCUGCUCGCCCAAAAUCGGCCGCACGUGGAUACUUGCUCGGAGGAAUUUGUUGGUUCGCUAUUCCUUUCACCCUUGCCACUUCUCUCGGCCUUGCUUCCACCGCCUUGUUACUUCCCAUCACUGAUGUCGAAGCCGGAAAUGGUCUUGUCCCACCUGCCGUCGCAACUCAUUUAUUGGGAGAAUCCGGUGCUAUCCUCAUCUUGAUCAUGCUGUUCAUGGCCAUUGUAUCCACUGGGUCUGCCGAGUCUAUUGCCGUCUCUUCGCUGGUUGCCUACGAUAUCUACCGUGAAUACAUCAACCCUGACGCCACUGGAGAGCAAAUCUUGAGUGUUUCCCGUAAAGUGAUUGUUGCAUUUGGAUUGCUGAUGGGAGCUCUCUCCCUCCUCUUGUUCGAAAUUGGACUUUCUCUUGGAUGGGUCUACUUGUUCAUGGGUAUCGUUAUUGGAUCUGCCGUUGCACCUUUGUGGUUUUUGCUCAAGUGGUCCAAGGCCUCUGGAACUGGAGCUGUUGUUGCCGCUUGGUCUGGAUUGGUGCUUGCCAUCACCGCCUGGAUGGUCACUGCUCAAGUCCGCGAAGGAGAAAUCUCCAUUGACAGUCUUGGAACCAACGAAGCCAUGCUUUGUGGAAACUUGGUGGCUAUCUUGUCAUCUGCUUUCAUCCAUGUUGUGUGGUCUAUCUUUAUUGACCCACAAGAAUUUGACUUUGCCACUCUCGACGAGAAAAUUACCCUUGUCGAAGUAGACGAUACCCGUGGUUUGCAGCCAGAGGACCAAGACCCUGAGAUGCUCCAAGAAGCCGAGAAUUGGAUCGCCAAGCGUGGAUACGUCUUGACUUUGGUCUUGAUCGUCAUCUGGCCUCUUCUUUCUAUCCCUGCUGGAAAGUUCACCAGGGAAUACUUUGCCUUCUGGGUUCUUAUUGCCAUUGCUUGGGGAUUCGGAGCUGCCAUUGUCAUCACUGUCUUGCCUCUCCUCGAAUCUAGUGAAGAAAUUGGCAAUGUCCUCAAUGGUAUGUUCAGAUGUAGCAAGAGGGAAGAUGAAGAGAGAGAAGAAACAAGUAGAAAAUAG